GGAGGAGCAAGUCGUUGUGCUGGAAAACUGGAGAUGAAACGGCAGUAUGAAAACUGGAAAAAAGUGGAAGGAGACAACUGGAACCUGAAGUUAGCGAACAGAGUGUGUCCAGAACUCAACUGUGGAUCUGCUGUUUCAAUAAGAAUAACAGAGGCAUCAUCAAUAGAAGAAUGUUGGGACAUCAAAUAUGAAUGUGAUGAACCUUCUCUAAAUAAAUGUUUUAUACAUAGUACAACUCUCAACUCAUUCCUGGAGCUGAAGUGUUCAGACUCUGUCAGACUGGUUCAUGGCUCCAGUUUAUGUUCAGGCAGACUGGAGGUCCAGUCUAACCAGUCCUGGUCCUUAGUUUGUGAAGAACACUUUGACCUUCAGGAUGCAAACAUGGUCUGCAGAGAGCUGGGCUGUGGGGCUCCUUCAGUCCUCCAGGGGGCACACUAUAUAGAAGCUGAGACUCAUCGAUGGCAUAAGUUUCAGUGUAGAGGUCAUGAAUCUGUCCUCCUGGACUGUGGAGGCUCAGUGUCAGAUACCUGUUCAUCUGGAAAAGCUGUGGAGCUCACCUGCUCAUAACCUGUUAGGCUGGUGGGAGGAGUCAGUCGCUGUGAUGGUGCAGUCCAGCUCAAACAUCAUGGAGAAUGGAGAUACGUGUUAGACUAUGUUUGGACCAUGAGGACAGGAGCUGUAGUAUGUAGUCUGCUGGACUGUGGCUCCCCUGUGUCUCUGAGAAGAAAAGUUGAUUCAUUCCACACUAUGUGGUCGAUCACACCCUCCUGUAUUCACUCUGCAUCUUCACUGUGGGACUGUGUGACAACACAGAAUGCUCACAGCGCUUACCAAUUGGAGAUCACCUGCUCAGACUCUGUCAGACUGGUUCAUGGUUCCAGUGUUUGUUCAGGCAGACUGGAGGUCCAGUCUAACCUGACCUGGUCCUCAGUGUGUGAAGAGCACUUUGACCUUUGCGACGCAGAGGUUGUCUGCAGAGAGCUGGGCUGUGGGCCUCCUUCAGUCCUCCAGGGGGCGCUCUAUGGAGAACCUGAAACUUCUGUAUGGAAGAUGUUCCAGUGCGAAGGUCAUGAAGCUGCUCUCCUGCACUGUGGAGGCUCAGUGUCAGAUACAUGCUCAUCUGGAAAAGCUGUGGAACUCACCUGCUCAGACUCUAACAUCAGACUGGUGGGAGGAUCCAGCCCCUGUGAUGGUUCAGUACAACUGAAACAACAUGGAGAGUGGAGAGAUCUAACAGUCUAUGACUGGACCCUGAAGGCAGUGUCUGUAAUAUGUGGUCAGCUCAACUGUGGCUCCCCUAUUUCUAUGAAAGAAAAACAUGAUUCAGAACGUCCAGUGUGGAAUAUCUCACCCUCCUGUGUUCAGUCUGUAUCCACACUGAGGGACUGUAUAACGGCUGCUGACAUAACUGCCCAUUCCAGCCUGGACAUCACCUGCUCAGACUCUGUCAGACUGGUUCAUGGUUCCAGUCUAUGUUCAGGCAGGCUGGAGAUCCAGUGGGACCAGUCGUCCUGGUCCUCAGUGUGUGAAGAGCACAUUCAUGUUCAGGAUGCAGAAGUUGUCUGCAGGGAGCUUGGCUGUGGAAGUCCUUCAGUCCUCCAUGGGGUGCUCUAUGAAGAGGGGGAGGUUCCAGUCUGGACCAGUGAGCUCCAGUGUGAAGGCAAUGAGUCUUCUUUCCUGGAUUGCAAGGCAUCUGGUUCUUUUGGGAAGACCUGCUUGUCUGGAAAAGCUGCUGGGCUCACCUGCUCAGAACCGGUCAGGUUGGUUGGACAGCCGAGCCGAUGUGCUGGUACUUUAGAGAUCUACCACCAGGGACAGUGGAGACCAGUGGGAACCUCUUUUCAGUCAGACCUACAGUCUGCAGCUGCUGUCUGUAGACACCUGGACUGUGGUUCUGCUGUUUCAGUAAACUCAACAAAUGAGGUUUACGACAUACCUAUGUGGGUAAUCUCAUCUGCCUGUGUAAAGCUGACAUCUGCUCUGCAGGACUGUAUUAAACUGUAUUCUAAUGGAUACGUGUCCACUCUGGAAGUGUUAUGUUCAGAUAUACUGGUUCAGCCAAACAUCUCCUUGUCUUCUUCCAAUGACCUGGUCUCUGAGGCCCAGCCGCAGAUGUUUCAGGUGCCGAUGGGCUCCAGCUUUACUAUCACAUGCUCUGUCCAACCUCAGUACCGAGGAGGCUCCUUCCAGCUGAUCUCUGACACCUCUGAGCCACAGAACCACACCUUGCCAGCUGUCAAUCACUCAGCCCACUUCCUGUUCUCUGCUGCAGACCACACCCACCAAGGAGGCUACACAUGUGUUUAUCACAUCAAUGUUUUCAACCAGAACUUCUCCUCGUCUAAGAGUGAAGUCCUCCAUCUUACUGUCUCAGCCCCUGUGACCACGUUGAUCAUAUGUCUGGUGAUCAUUAUCCUGAUCCUUCUGAUAUUUACCAUCAGCCUCCACGUCUACUGUAAGCAGGGGGCAGCUCAGACUACAGGCUUCUCCUUGAAGAAAGAGAAAAGAGGAGGAUUUCCAAAUCCAGAUCUAUGAAGUUGUCAUCUCAUCACAUCCAGCAUGAUAAAGAAGAAUUUGGUCUGUUCUGUGUAUCUGUGGUGUCCAAAGCAUGAUUUUUUUGUCAAUUUGGCCUAAAUGGUGACUAAAACAGCGUGGAUACUGCACAACUUAUGGCAGGAAAACCUCAACUCUUCAUCAAAGUGUACGGUCAGUAAACAACAGAUACACACAGAAAUGUCAAAUGACUUGGUGAUAUAUGUGUUAAUCCAGGAAUUAGGUUUUUUUUGAGUCACACAAAAUGUCAUCUCAUAUCAGUCCUCACAGAAUGAAAAAGCUGAAACAUCUCUAGU